GGGUGACCCGGCCGGGGUAGGCCUACCGCCCGCUCGUGCACCGCAGGCUCCGCCUGCCUCCCUCCCCACCCCCGGCGGCGACCUCCCGGUGCGGCGGCACGGGUAGCGCUCGGUGCCGAGCAGGUUCCAGCUGGCUGCGGCGGCCCCGCCCCACCCCGCCCCGUUUGGCCCUCGCGGGCCGCCGUCGCUACCGGUGACGGCGACUCCGCGCCUUUGGCGCCUUCGGGGGGGCCGGGCUGCGGUGCCCGGGCGGCAGGUCCUCCUGCGGGGUCGGGGCGCCGACUGGCGAUGUCGGAGGCGAGUGGGAACGGUGAUUCCUCCUCCCCAACCUUCUCCUCCUCGCGGAGCUCGGGCGCGGGCCGCGGCCGCCUCUCGCUGCCGUCCACCUCCCGCAAUGGCGCCGUCCCGCCGCACGGUCAGCCGGGGCUGUGGGGCCGCCCGCUGGCCGCCGGGGAGGAGGGCGAGGAGCCGCGGCAGCCGGAGAGCACCGAGGGCGGCGGCGAUGAGCGCGGCAGGAGGAUGAUCCGCAAUCAGUACCGGGAGCUCAUCUCCAGUGUGCAGCAAAAUCGUGAGGAUAUGCUGAAUUCAAAAAGCAACAGACUGACAGAAGCUUUGGAAGAAGCCAAUAAACUGUUUAGUGGAGUUUCCAGUGCACGAGAGGCUGCGCUGGAUGCCCAGUUUCUUGUCCUAGCAUCAAAUCUAGGAAAGGAGAAGGCCAAUGAGUUGCACUCUGAGAUGACGGCGUUUGAUUCACUAGCAUUUGCAGAAGACUUGCUAACCUUCAUGGGUAUAAAUCGCAUAGAAGUAGAAGAAAAUGAUAAUGACUCUGAGGGCAUUUCAGGUGGCUAUUUACCCAGUAAUGCCUGGCAUAAACUGGGAGAAGAAACAGAAAAGUACUUCAGAAGAGCACCUUCUUUUCACUAUAUGUUGGGAUCUUUCAAGUCCGAUCCUCCUGUACCAAGGCAACGGAUUGAGAGACAGAAAAAGACGACAGGUGGGGAAGAAAAACGGGCAAUGCCUGCUCAGUUAAAAAAAAUGGAGGAGUCUCAUCAGGAAGCUACAGAAAAGGAAGUAGAGAGGAUCUUGGGGUUAUUGCAAACUCAUUUUAAAAACGAUCCUGGUACACCUAUUUCCUUCUUUGAUCUUGUGGUUGAUCCAAACUCUUUUGCACGCACUGUGGAAAACAUUUUUCAUGUGUCCUUCAUUAUAAGGGAUGGUUUUGCAAGAUUAAAGCUGGAUGACGAUAACUUGCCAAUAAUAGAGCCUUCAAAAGACAAUGAGGGAAGAGAGAAUGACCAUAGUGCUGGAGCACGGAACCAGGUUGUCAUCUCUCUGAACCAUCAAGAAUGGCAGGAGAUUGUAGAAACGUAUGAAAUAACAGAACCCAUGAUUAGCCCUCCUAAAGAUACAAAUGAAGAUGAAAUGGAGAUAGCUUAAUUAUUCAGGUGCCUUAAAAUAUUUAAAAAUGUUUUCUUCAGAGAAGAUUUUAUAUGUAUAUAUUGUAAAAUUAAAUCUAUUUUUAUUGGAACAUCUCA